AUGCCUAUUCGAUUGAAGGAUACAGUGGACGAUGAGGCUAUAUUCCGAUCGGCUCCUAUGUCAUUGGUUCAAUUCUAUGUGACGAUCGAACUUGCUAGAGACGUUGUCUUUACGUUGGGGAAGUUAGGAGAUGUUCAUUUCCGUGAUUUGAACUCCAAACUUACACCUUUCCAAAGAACUUUUAUCAAUGAUUUAAGAACCAUUGAUGGAAUUGAGAGUCAAUUGACUUAUUUGAAAACCGUUAUGGAAAAGCAUAAUACCAUUAAAGGUGAUUUAUUCAAUAAUUUAACUGCUGAUAUCAAACCUUUACCUUCACAAUCAGAUGUUGAUGAUUUGAAAAUCAAGAUUGAGGACUUCUUUGAAAGGAUCAAACAUUUGGAUGAUUCAUUUAUUCAAUUGUCUAGUCAGAAGAUUAGAUUGAUCGAGAAUCGUCAUGUUUUAACCAGUAUAAAUGAUUUUCAUGCAUCCAAUAGAGAGAGUCGGAACUUAGGAGGUGAUUCAGCCUUUGCUGUAGAUUCAGAUCAUGAUGAUGAUAAUGUAGCGUUAUUAAAUGAUCGUAAUAAUGAAUUGGAAUUGGGUUUGGAAACUGCUGACUUACAAGAUACCGGAUAUAACUCAAUUUCUGGAACUAUAGCCACAGAAAAGAUUCCAUUAUUAAGAAAAAUCUUAUGGAGAACGUUAAGAGGUAAUUUAUAUUUAAAAGAUAUACCCAUUAAUGAUGAAAAACUAGAUAUAUAUGAGGAUGGUAAGCCAACUGAGAAAAGUGUUUUCAUCAUUUACAUUUAUGGUGAUAUUUUGAAACAAAGAGUGAAGAGGAUCGUUACUUCUUUGGAUGGUGUUCUUUUUGAUAACAUCUAUGGAAGUAAUGAAGCAAGAAUGCAAUCAUUAGAGGAAUUGAAUAGUAAAAUCACUGAUUUGGAUAAUGUUGUAGAAAGUACUAAAAAUCAUUUGAUAGCUGAAUUGAUGAUUUUACAAGAAGUUUAUACUGACUGGGUUUAUAAUAUUAAACGAGAAAAAUCCAUGUUUGAAACUUUAAAUAAAUUCGAUAUGGAUGGUACGAGACGUUGUCUUGUAGGUGAAGGAUGGAUCCCUUCAAAUGAAUUUGAGAAGAUCCGUCGUUCGUUAAGAACUUUAAUCCAUUCAAAAAGUCAAGCAUCUAAUGGAUCACAAGAAGAAAUCGCUUUGGAUGCUAAUGGUAAUAAUCAUGAUUCCAAUCCAUUUAGUGAUCCUAAUGGGGCACCCUUGUUUGCUGUGGAUGAUGGAGAAAGUUUUGAGGAUUUGAACGACCAAUUAGUAGCGGUGGUCAAUGAAUUAAGUACAAAUAGAACUCCUCCAACUUAUCAUAAAACCAAUAAAUUGACAUCCGCUUUCCAAUCGAUUGUUGAUGCCUAUGGUGUUGCCACUUAUCAAGAAGUCAAUCCUGGUUUAGCCACGGUGAUAACCUUCCCCUUCAUGUUCGCUAUUAUGUUUGGUGAUAUCGGACAUGGGAUUAUUUUAACCCUUAUCAGUUUGUUCUUUGUUAAAAAUGAAAUCAAAUUCGGUGCCAUGAGAAGAAAAGAUGAAAUCUUUGAAAUGGCAUUCAAUGGUCGUUACGUUUUAUUGUUAAUGGGUGUUUUCUCCAUUUACACCGGUUUCUUAUAUAAUGAUAUAUUUUCUUUAUCAUUGACAUGGUUCAAAAGUGGAUGGGAAUUUAAAUAUCCUGAAGGUUAUGAUUUCGAUAAGGAAGGUGCUAUGUCUUUAACAGCUACCAAAGUUAAAGGUUAUACCUAUCCAAUUGGUUUGGAUUGGGGAUGGCACGGAGCUGAGAAUAAUUUACUUUUCACCAAUUCUUAUAAAAUGAAAUUAUCCAUUUUAAUGGGUUUCAUUCAUAUGAAUUAUUCAUUAUUCUUCAGUCUUGUUAAUUAUAGAUAUUUCAAUUCUGUAGUGGAUGUAAUUGGUAAUUUUAUUCCAGGGUUCCUUUUCAUGCAAAGUAUCUUUGGUUACUUAUGUAUUACUAUAGUUUAUAAAUGGUCUGUGGAUUGGAUUGGUCAAAAUAAACAACCUCCAGGAUUAUUAAACAUGUUGAUUAAUAUGUUCUUGUCACCAGGAAAUGUAGAAGAACAAUUGUAUCCCGGACAAGCAUUUGUUCAAAUAGUGUUGGUUUUAAUUGCCUUGGUAUGUGUUCCAUGGUUAUUAUUAUAUAAACCAAUCACUUUAAAUAAUAAAAAUAAGAAAGCCCAAGCUUUGGGAUAUAGUGAUUUGCAUUCUCAACGUAGACACAGUGUUGAAUUACAUGAAGAAGAAGAAGCUGUGAUGUCAUUUGAACUUGAUAGAGCUCAAAUCGAAGAAAAUGGUGAUGAUGAUGAUACUUUCGAUAUUCAUUCUGAAAUUUCAAAUAAUGAAUUCCAUUUUCCUAAUGAUAUCGAACCUUUACAUGCAUCUUCAGGUCAUGGAGAUCAUGAAGGUUUUGAUUUAGGUGAUAUUGUAAUUCAUCAAGUUAUUCAUACCAUUGAAUUCUGUCUUAAUUGUGUUAGUCAUACUGCUUCAUACUUAAGAUUAUGGGCCUUAUCUUUAGCUCAUAAUCAAUUAUCAAGUGUUUUAUGGUCAAUGACUAUAAAAAAUGCAUUCGGUUUGACAGGUACAAAAGGAGUGAUUAUGACGGUUAUAUUAUUUGGAUUUUGGUUUAUUUUGACGGUGUGUAUUUUAGUUUUGAUGGAAGGUACUUCAGCAAUGUUGCAUUCUUUAAGAUUACAUUGGGUUGAAGCAAUGUCAAAAUUCUUUGAAGGUGAAGGUUAUGCAUAUGAACCUUUUGAUUUCGAGAAUAUUGAUUUCGACUUUUAG